GAUUGGGUUGAAUUCUCGCUAUGUCUUGUUUGAUUGGCUGAUACUCUACGUUGCCAUAGUGAUUUUGGCCUAGUGCGCUCUGUGAAGCAUGGAGCUGGAGGAGCAGGGCAAGCCGCCUGUGUCCCCGGGCCCUUCGGCUGGAGAGUUGUGCGUGGCCGCUGUGCCUGAGCUUUUGAGGGCUUUAUGGGAGGAACCUGAGAGACCGCGGAAGAGUCCGGGAGGCCGAGUAAAGACUCACCGGCUUCACCGUCACCGAGCUGGGCCGCUGGGAAGGGAAAGCUACGCUCUGAGAAAGCUAAGGGAAGCGGCUAAUGGAAAUGACAUAGACACAGUACAACAACUCCUGGAUGAGGGGGCCGAUCCUUGUGCCGCAGAUGACAAGGGACGCACUGCGCUUCACUUUGCAUCCUGUAAUGGAAAUGACCGCAUCGUAAGCUUGCUCCUUGAUCAUGGUGCUGAUCCAAAUCAGAGAGACGGGCUGGGAAACACACCGUUACACUUAGCGGCCUGCACCAGUCAUGUUCCGGUUAUCACAACUCUAUUGAGAGGAGGUGCCAGGGUGGAUGCCCUCGACCGUGCAGGGCGAACCCCACUGCAUCUGGCUAAAUCAAAGCUAAAUAUCUUACAGGAUGGCAAAUCACAGUCCCUGGAAUCAUUAAGGCUAGAGGUGAAACAGAUCAUUCAGAUGUUGCGGGAGUACCUAGAGAAGCUGGGAGAGCAGGAGAAAACAGAACAGCUCGACCAUCUCUGCUCCAGGCUACAGCGCACCAGCACCAAGGAGCAGGUGGAUGAGGUGACAGAACUCCUGGCCAGCUUCACAUCUCUCAGCCUCCAGAUGCAGAAUAUGGAGAACAGGUAGCCAGAGAUUCACUGGUGUGCAGUUCCAGCUCCCCCAGGGCUGCUGGAAUUUCCAGUCUUGGAAAUGACUCCACUGCCAAUCAAGACACUGCAGAACAUUGCACCCCAAACUCUCUGGCGCUGAAGUUUUGAUUCCUGUCUCCAUCCUUCAACUCUUCAUCUGUCCAUAAUAAACAUUGCUCUAAAACAGGGUUGGUAACACCAUUUGGGGAUGUUUCUAAUCUGCACGAAGGCCGUUGUAGAAGAGGACAAAAAGCUCUUUAUGUUUGCUAUAAGCUGUGUGUUUUGUUACUGUGACAAUCUGCCAUCUCAGGCUAAAUAUUCUCAUUUGUGUUUUUGUUACUAUUAAUGUUUUGGGCUGCUUCUUGGUCAGCUCUAUGUUGAACAUUGUGUACCUCCUGCUGCAGGUAAAAUAGGUGGCCGCAUUGGAUUUUAUGUCAUAGAAAAUGUUUAUUACGACCCAGGUAAUGCAGGAUUGUACUGACACUUACAGAUUGUUCUCUUAUGGGUUUCCGCAGUAGGUUUUGUUACCAGGUGCUAUACUUAGAAAUACAUAUAUAGAGAAAAUGCCAUUCUUUGGUGCCGGAACAAUCAUUUGGAUAGAAUUUGUAACAGUUGCUGUCAGAAACGUAUUAUCUGCUUUUAUUCUUUAGGGACUUGUAUAUAAGGUGACAACUUGCUUUUAGGACAGAGGGCAUGCAAUUACAGCUGACGUCACUAUGCAUUAACGGGACAAAUCGCAUCAUUUUAUCACUAUCGAACCAGCAAAUCUAUGUGUUAAUCCCCUGCAGAGGUUAAAAACAUAGUUAAAGUGCUGCUUGGGAACUAUAGAGAACUGCAUUUCUGAGCAGAAGCUGCCACUGACCCAAUCAGCAGCGCUAGUCACACAAACCAGCUGCUUAACUAGCUCAGUGGCGGUUUCCACUCAAAACCAGCAGUUUUCUUUUUCCAGGGUUAAACCUGAACAUGACACCCCCCCCCCACUAUAAUGGCCAUUUAAAUUUUUCUGUAGACACUGAACAGUCAUUGACAUUUUUUGGGGCUUCCCCUGAUUCUUAAUCCAAAUGAAAAGCCAGUGAUGGUUGCGUGGGAUUUGUGCUAUGUUAUUCUCUGUAAUGUUUGGAUGGCACACAAAGUAUUCCUGUGACACUAGCUCUAGUCUUAUCAUGCCAUUCAUUUUAGCAUCCGCAUCUUACAAACGUUUUAAGACCUUAAUAUUCUUUGAAAAUAUUGACUUUAUUUUAUAUUCAUUAACUAACAGUUCUGGGCUUUAACGCUAUUAGGAAGGCAUAGAACGCCUUUCCUUAUGUGGCAUCCAGCAGACCGCCCCCUUUAACGCAAGCAAGAUAUGGACUGGGGGCAUCCCUAGCAGCAUAGGCAAUCCCCCCCCCCCUUGAUCUAAACCCGGCCAUGAAAUCACGUGAUUGUAUCUUUUAUAUCGUGAUUUUAUUUUUGUUCCGAUCAAAGCACUUCUAGACUUUUAACAGGGUAGUUUAAAUUGAUAGAUUAUUUUUUUUUCUGCACUUGAUCAUUGAUUUCUUUUUAUAUUUAAAAAGAUAAUAUUUAUGUUUGUGAGAUGUUAUUGGGUGAUCUAUAAGGUUCAAAAUAAAACCGCUUUAACUUUCAUGAAAAAAUUUAAAUAAAAGGGACACUCAAGUUAAAAUUAAACUCUUAUGAUUCAGAUAGAGCAGCAAUUUUAAACAACUUUCCAAUUUACUUCCAUUAACAAAAUGUGCACAGUCUUUUUAUAUUUACACAUUUUGAGUCACCGGUUCCUACUGAGCAUGUGCAAGAAUUAACAGAGUAUAUGCAUUUGUGAUUGGCUGAUGGCUGUCACAUAAUACAGGAGGGAUGGAAAUAGACAUAACUUUGAAACGUGUCAGAAAAAAAAUCUACUUCUCAUUUGAAGUUCAGACUAAGUGCUAUUGCAUUGUCUAUUUAUUAUGCAUUUGUUUAUGCAAAGAUACUGUAUUUACUGGUCCUUGUUUGAAUAGUGCUUCGUUAUGCUCAUGGUGUUUAAUGUCAUUUUAAUAUUGAUGGUGAAGUUGCACAUGGUAAAAUACAGCGGUGCACUGACGUGAUUCUCAUAUAAAACUGAAACCAAACAUUUUUAUGAAGCGGCAAUGAGACGUUUCAUUUAAAGUAAAAUCAUCCUUAAUUUAUUCAAAGGAUGUUUUAGUGUAAAAAUACCAUGAUAUAAUUCAAUAGAGCAUUUUAUUAUUAAAACAAUGCUUGUUUCUAACUGUGAAGGGGUUAAGCCCACAGUUAAAGCUGCACACUGCCUGUGCUUAUCCCCGAGCGGGAUGUGGGAACUAGAGUAUGCUGGUCAUGAUUGGAUUAAUAACCAGCCAUGUAUUCAAGCAGUAAUUUAUUGCCUGCACUGUUAAUCCUGAAAAAAUAAAAUAUUAGCCCCUGUUUUUUGUAGUUUAAAUGCCAAUUUGUCUACUACUCAGAUGCUUAAUUAUUCUUUUUAGGGGCAAAUUGAGCCAAUACAAACUUCAGGCAAUCUUUAUACUGUUUUCAGAAGAAUCCAGCUCACUCAGGUGCUAACGAUGGCUCAGAGCCGUCGUUAGCUCUCUCCCACCUUGAGGGAGAUCUGGAGGCUUCCACCCGCUCCUACCCCGGCGAUCGGGCCUAUGUAGUGACAGGCAUCACCAGGGCUUCACGUUUUGCACAGUGACGUCACCGUGCAACUUUAUUUAAAAUGGACAAUGUAAAGUAUAGGGAAAUGGGGCAUGCUGCUUAGAAGCCUGUAUCUCAGGCAUCUAAGCAGCUACAGACCCCCAAGACCCACCGUUGAAAAGGUUAUCGCCUAAUCUUUCCAACGGUAAGGGGAUCUGUAAAAAAAAAAAAAAAGUUAAAUGUUUUAUGUAAAAAAAACAACACAAAAAUCAAAACAAAUUCAGCUUAGCACUCAAAGGGUUAAGGAGUUGGAGCACCGUUGGCUGCAGGUUCGCAUAUGCGAAGUGUACCCAAGAUUUAAGAAGCAGUGGUCAUCAGGCCGCUGCUUCUUAAACCAUAUGUUAAUCCCCCUGGACUUUUCCAACCGGGAAGAUUGACAGCCCUUGCUUGUGCAAGUGGCUGCAUGAGAGCAGGUGGCAUUGCACACUAGCCAUAGUGUGUGAUGGUAAAUGCAGCGUAUUGCUGCUCUCUAGAUACGCAGCCCCCCUGCCCCUGCCGAACAACAGCUUUUUAAACUAUCAUCACUUUAAUAUUGUAUCAACAUCCAUUCUCAAAAAACACUGAGAAAAAGUCACUGUUUACGGUUAUCAAAUCUCAAACUGGGUCUUUCUCUUUCCUCUGUAGAGGAAAGUUGCUUUGUGUUCACCAUAUCAUAUAUAUAUAUAUAUAUAUUGUUCAGUUGAAAUCAGGAUUACAGUCCAUGUUGCAUUGUAACUUCUUUGUAUUAUGUUUUGGUUUAUGUUAGUGUGUUGUGAAUUCUUCCUUGUUCAUUUAUGUACAUUUUAAAUGUACAAACGUUUUAAUAUAUAUCUUGUUUUGCAUAAAAAAGUGUGCUGUUUAUUGUCUUUUUAAUAAAAAUAUAUCACAUCCGAA